AGUGUUGAUAGAAGACAACCAGUUCAUUGCUCCCAUGGUUUCCAAUCAUAUGAGCUCAUGGACGAAACCAACAGCUAUUGGAUCCUUCAAUCCACACAUGGCAGAGUUUCCAAGAAAACGAAAAGGAAGUGAUUCAGAUCCAUCCCAAGAAGCUCACAGCCAAACCGAAAAGCGGAGGAGAGAUAAAAUGAAUAACCUGAUUGAAGAGCUGUCUGCAAUGAUCCCCCAGUGCAAGCCCAUGGCCCGGAAGCUGGACAAACUGACCGUUUUAAGAAUGGCCGUUCAGCACUUGAAGUCUUUAAAGGGUAUGACAAAUUCUUUUGCAGGAGAUAUUUAUCGACCUUCGUUUAUUCAGGAUAAUGAGCUCAGACACUUAAUCCUUAAGACUGCAGAAGGCUUCCUGUUUGUGGUUGGAUGUGAAAGAGGAAAAAUUCUCUUUGUUUCUAAGUCAGUCUCCAAAAUACUUAAUUAUGAUCAGGCUAGUUUGACUGGACAGAGCUUAUUUGACUUCUUGCAUCCAAAGGAUGUUGCCAAAGUAAAGGAACAACUGUCUUCUUCUGAUAUUUCGCCAAGAGAGAAGCUAAUAGAUGCCAAAACUGGUUUGCAAGUUCACAGUAAUUUCCGUACUGCGAGGACUCGUGUGUGCUCCGGCUCUAGACGAUCCUUUUUCUGUCGGAUAAAGAGUUGUAAAAUCUCUGUCAAAGAAGAGCCCGAGUGCUUGCCCAACCCAAAAAAGAAAGAUCCUAGAAAAUUCUGUACUGUCCACUGCACUGGUUACCUGAGAAGCUGGCCUACAGAUACUGUUGGGAUAGAAGAAAGGGACAGUAAGAAAGACAAUAAUUUCACCUGCCUCGUUGCCAUUGGGAGAUUACAUCCACAUAUUGUCCCACAGAACAGUGGAGAGGUUAAAGUGAAACCAACUGAAUUUAUAACCCGUUUUGCAAUGAAUGGAAAAAUUGUCUACGUGGACCAAAGAGCAACAGCAAUUUUAGGAUAUCUGCCUCAGGAACUUUUGGGAACUUCUUGUUAUGAAUACUUUCAUCAAGAUGACCAUAGUAAUUUGAGUAAGAAGCACAAAGCAGUUCUACAGAGUAAAGAGAAAAUAUUUACAGAUUCAUACAAAUUCAGAGCAAAAGAUGGCUCUUUUGUAACUUUAAAAAGCCAGUGGUUUAGUUUCACAAAUCCUUGGACCAAAGAACUGGAAUAUAUUGUGUCUGUCAACACUUUAGUUUUGGGACACAGUGAGACUGGAGAAGCGUCGUUACUUCCUUGCAGCUCUCGAUCAUUUGAAGAAUCCUGUAGGCAGCCUUGUGUCAGUGUGCCUGGACUGUGCACUGGGACAGUGCUCGGUGCUGGUAGUAUCGGGACAGAUAUUGCAAAUGAAGCCCUGGACUUGCAAAGGUUACAGUCUUCGGCAUCCCUUGGCGAUUCAAGUCCAACAGAUUUAAUGAAAGAUAUUCACACUGUAAACUGCAGGAAUGUAAGUACAAAUAUGUCAAAUAAGGAGUUGAUUCUGCUAAGUCCUGAGAUAGAGGAACUAGAAGCAACAAGGCAGAACCGCAGCACUGUGGCUCCCCACAGCCAUGAACCACUCCUGGGUGGUGGUGCCCAGCUGGAUUUUGAUGCCCUGUGUGACAAUGACGACACAGCCAUAGCUGCCUUCAUGAAUUACUUAGAAGCAGAGGGGGGCCUGGGAGACCCCGAGGACUUUAGCGACAUCCACUGGACACUUUAGCAUUUCAUUUUUCACUUCAAACAGGAGAAAUGCUUUCCAGGAUUUCCUUUACAAAAACUGUAUAUUCUUCUGUACUGUAUUGAUACUGUUUAUCUUAUGAAGGGUCUACCAAUUUUUAUAGAUUUGCACCUCCUUUCAUGGGGUCUGCGGAAAUGUGAUGUUUUCCUUUAAAUGGAACUGCUCAGAGUUUUCCACAGACCCCUUUACUCAGCGAACUGGCUUUAAACCCACUAGCUGCUAUUUUUUUUGCUAAAAUGUUUCUAACCAAGAGUAUCACAUACAUCUUGUUUGGGUUUUGUUUUUAUUUUUUUGAUGCAGUUUUUUUUUUUUAGUUAGGGAAAUUUAAUAUUGUUGGCUGUUUUCUUUGGUCUAAGAGUCAUUUAAUUGACUUAUAAUAGUAGAUUUGUGUAAUUUGGAACAUUUCCAUUUUUUGUAUAUUAAUUGAGGAUAGGGCUUAUGUAUUUUUUAAGAAAACGGUGAAUACUUAAACAUUUAAUGACAAUGCAAUUUAGAGUCCUGAUCACAAUGAAUACUGUGUGUGGUCUUUGUAGACUUGGGCAAGCCUGAAGCCAGGACAUUUAUGCCCAGUUGAGCACUUGGAGAUGGAUGUUAAAUGAGAUGAUUUUUAUUUAAAACUCAGAAAAAGAAAAGUUGAGAGACUUUCACCUUUGAUUACAGAAAAGGAAAGAUUUUGGGCCCUAGAUAUUGGUGAUUAAUUUUUGCAUAUUUAAUCUUAAUGUAACACUCAAGAUUUUCAUUACAGAUAGGACAGGUUUUUUAUGUUGAAAUGGUAUGUAUUAACUGAUUAUCUUAGAGGAAGAAACAGGCCCAGGCAGAUUAAAUGUUUUGUGUAAAGACACAAUUAAAUUCAUAUAUUUUUUAAGUGUU